CAGAGAACUAUGUCUGGUUUGAGAAUGCUGUUACAAUAGGCAGUGCUUCUCAGUGGGCAACGAGAAUUUAUUUCCUUUAGUGACUGAAGAUGCUUGAAACCUGAAGAUGUUUUGACAGGGUAGCUGCUUGUAGUUCAUGAAACAAGGAUGAUCAGAAUGGGUUUCACUUGCAUGGUCAGGAGGACAACCAAAGAGAGAAGCACUGACAAAGAGGAAAACACAUUGGAUUCAAGAAGGAUUUUUGACUCCUCACAGUAGGGGGAGCAAAAAGAAGAAGGCAUAAGAAAUUGCACGUGUGGAAUGCCUACAAUACUAAGAGACUGGUUGCAUCAGAAGCAGAGCUGGAAAGCCAUCUUUGCUAGCUGCUGAGAGUGAGAGAAACAGCUGAACCUUAAGAGAUCCACAGACUGUCUGACCGAAAACAAUGUCAGCCCCAGUUCCCAGCCAAGGUGCCGGAGGUUCCACAAUUCCCGGGGCAGGCGGGCCUCCACCCCCCACCAAUGUGACCAGUAAUAGAAGACUGCAACAGACACAAGCUCAGGUCGAUGAGGUGGUGGACAUCAUGCGAGUGAAUGUAGACAAGGUUCUAGAAAGAGACCAAAAGCUUUCAGAGCUUGACAACCGGGCAGAUGCAUUACAAGCUGGUGCCUCACAGUUUGAAACUAGUGCAGCUAAAUUGAAGAGAAAAUACUGGUGGAAAAACUGCAAGAUGAUGAUCAUCCUUGGUAUAGUAUGUGCAGUCAUUCUUAUUGUAAUUAUAAUUUAUUUCUGCACUUGAAAAGGCAACGAGGGGAAGGCUUGGCAUGGCUUGGUUCAUCUUUUCUGAUGUUCUCUUAUUGAACUCUGCUUUUUAAUUCCUGGUGUCUUGGGGAAUUUUGCCUGUAAUAAUCCGUAAGCAUUCAAUGUAGUGUGUUUGGUAUUAUACUGUUUCCACAUGAAACUGUACCAGCUAAAUACUGCAAAGUAAUUCCGUAUGUUGUCUUAUCAUUGUGUCUUAAAAUGCAUCCACAAUGACCUUCAGAAACUGUAAUAUAUCGAAAAGCAUCCUACACUUUUCAGAAUCAUAAGAGAACAGUUAUGGGGAAAGUCCUUACUUUAAAAGGACACUGUCAUGUAGUUUAGGCCCAAAAUUAAGAUUUUUAUUAAAUAGUAGGGCCAAAAUUGUCAAACUUGGGGCCUAAAUUAGGCUUCAAAAUCCAUAUCUAAACACACAAAUAAAUGUGGCCUGAUUCAUCUAGAGCACCUGCUAAUUCUGUUUUAGUCAAUGGGAGCUGCAGAUGUUUAAUGAAUCUGAAUGUCAAAUUACUCUGACUCCGGAGCCUAAUUUUAGGCAUCCAGGUUUGAAACUAUUUGGUCUAGGUUUUGUAUAACUAUAGGAAUGCUUUCAUGGAUUUAAACUUUCCAUUCGGUUGUUUCCUAUACAAACCCUGUGGCAGCAUGGUAGUGUAUGAGAACCAGAAGGAGAACCGGAUGAGAAGCAAGAAUGACACUGACAAAAAACAAUCAUAAAUAACCCAAAAAAACCUUAGAUUGUUAAUAAGCCAAGAUGGCAGCCCUCAGAUUUAUGGUUAAUGUAUGGCACUUGAACCCCAGUUCUGCAAACACUUAUGCCCAUGUUUAACUUUAAGCACAUGAGUAAUCCUACUGAAGUCAGGGGGCUCUGCACAGUUACAGGGAUAUGCCCAUAUGCAUCAAUUUGCAGGAUUGGGGGCCUUUUUCCAUGGAAUCUCACCAAAUGAAGCAUUUGAAAAUCCAUCAGUGGGAGAUUGUGGGUGCGAAUUAUGGUGGGGAGGACCCAUGAAAGAACAGUUCUUUUAUAAAGUGGUCCAUGGAAUGAAAAUGUCACAGAACUGCUAAUCUGAGGCAUUGUUAUUAGUAACACAAGUAAGGCAAUCUAUACAGUCUUAAACUGACAGCAUCCCCUUUUUAAAAGGGCUCUGUUGAGAUACUUUUUAUACUUUUUUAAAACUCACUGUUUAUAUUCUCAAAAAAAAGGAGUACUUGUGGCACCUUAGAGACUAACAAAUUUAUUUGAACAUAAGCUUUAAGUGAGCUGUAGCUCACAAAAGCUUAUGCUCAAAAAAUGUGUUAGUCUCUAAGGUGCCACAAGUAUUCCUUUUCUUUUUGCGGAUACAGACUAACACGGCUGCUACUCUGAAACCUGUUUAUAUUCUGUUUACAAUGGCCCUUGUUGCUUAUGGAAGUUUGUAACUGAAAUAGAUUUUCAUUUCAAAUUUUUUCCCAUUGUCCACACACACACACACACAGGCCUGUUGUUAUAGGGUUGCUCACAAGCAGUGAGCUUCUGGCUUUGUAUUAGGAUUUUUUAAGCACUGAAUAAUUUGUUUAGAAGAGGGAGGGAAUACUAUGCAGAGAGAAUGAUAUUGGUUUUUAUUUUCAAACAAAUGUAACAAAUACAAAUAAAGAUGUGUCAAAUUUGGGGCCUAAUGAUCCUGACAGGAUCCAUGUAGAGUGAUUAUUGAUAAUUUUUCUGCAGGAUUUUGAAAGGGUAAUUGUUGGCAUAAAUACCAGAAGAAGUAUUUGGGUUUUUGUUUUUAUCUUUGGCUGCCAUAGACAAAAUUUGUAAAUGUAUCGAUACACCUGUAAAUAUUCUCAUUGCAAACCAUCAUUAAAUAUGGUGUUAGAGAAAAUACAAAACAGAUAGUUAAACCAAUCAGUAUAUAUACAUUAAUGUGACAUUGUAAUGGACGUACAUACAAAUUGUGCUUAAGCAGAUUUCUGAAGAGAAAAUAAGAAAUGGCUAGUUGAAAGGCUCUAGUUACUUUAUUUUUUGCUGUCUAUUUUAUUGCUUUAUUUUUACAUGUUCCAUAUGACAGAGAAAUAGCAGAUCCCCACAGCUUUAAUGAAAUGGAAAUGUCAUUUUGAAAGCUACUAAUGUAUUACUGGGCUUAAUGAUAUGUCCUGCUUACUUCAAUCUUGUGAGGGAAUAAAUGCACAAACUCUAAAAGCUCAUUGACUAGGGAUAGAAUGUUUGUUUACUCUAAAGUAAUUAAGGGCCUGAUCUUGUGAGGUGCUGAGUGCCAUUCCCAUUGACUUAGCAGCCUGCAGGAUAGGGGACUUGCAGAAAAAGGCUAAGCAGUCCAACUUGAAAACUUUUUUUAACUAGCAAAACAAUUGUCUGGCUCUUGUAAAAAAAAAAAAAAAACCUGACACUCUAACAUUUAGUAGUACAUUACUCCCUGUGUAAACUGAUUCAUUUCCAUGAGACUGCUAAAAGCUUGUAUAGAGGAGGGAAAUUUGCACUAGUGUAAUUAUGUCUAUUUAAAAAGAAAAGGAGUACUUGUGGCACCUUAGAGACUAACAAAUUUAUCUGAGCAUAAGCUUUCCUGACUU